UUUUUUUAUUAUUAUUAUUAUAUUACAUAUACAUAUACGCAUAUAUAUAUGCUGAACAGUACUAUAGAUAAUCCUAAUUCAGUAGAAACUUCAUCUCUUUUAUCAUCACACCAAAAUAAGCAAUAUUAUCAUUCAAUAAUUUACAAAAGUCAACAAAAUUCAAUAAGCGACAUAUGUCAGGAACAAUCAGACAAUUCAGAAGAAAAUAAAAAUAAUUCAACUACUAAUAAAAAUGAACAAAACUUAUCCAUCUUUACAUUUCUUUAUUGGCAUUCUAUUAUUAAUCAGUAUUCAUCUUCUAUUUAUCUAGAAAAUAAAGCAAGUGUCGCUCGCGAUCAUUUAGCGAAUGAACGAACUUAUUUGGCUUGGUUACGUACAAGUUUAUCUAUAAUCUCUGUAGGCAUAGGGAUUACACAAUUGUUUCGAUUAGAGAAAAAGACAACACAAACUCGUCAUUAUCAUCAACAAGACAAAGCAUCUAUCUAUGGUCAAAUGAUUGGUUUUUUAUUCAUAAUUAUUAGUAUUUUGUUUUUAGUUUUUGCUUUCAUCCGAUAUUUUCAUACACAACUAGCCUUAACUAAAGGUUAUUUUCCUGCGAGUCGAUCUACAGUCUUGAUUGCAUCCUCGUUGCUCUUCUUCACCAUGGUUUUUGUGCUAAUUAUAGUAUUCAAAGUGCAACAAUGAUCUUUUUCCCCGUGAUGUAUAUAAUCCUAUUGUACUUGUUUUAAUAUAAUUUUUUUUUUUUUUUAAAAAAAAAA